AUGCCUGAAACGCAUGUGAAUAUGUAUGGUGGUUCACCGCUAAAUCGAUUGUCAUGGCUUCGUACAUCGCACUCGUUUCUCAACGCCGUUAUUACUGUUCCCUCCACCAAGUGGCUUUUAUUCAAGGCAGGGGAACCUCUUGUAGCGUCCAGUGGAUCUAGCAAGCCGUACCCGAUAUACCUCAGUACUGCCGAUGUCAAGUCAUUUCUUGGACCGGAACCAUAUUUCGGUCAGGCUGAAAAGCCAGGAGAGCUGGUUAUUGAGAAAGACGGUGACGAACACUCUCGACACUCACCUACAGAGGCGGCCCGACAUCUCGGUCCUCCGGUCGUAUUCCUUGGCGUACAUGAGCCUCAGACUGAAGACAGCACGUCAGCACUCCCUUCUUCUGAAUUCAAAGACCCUCAAGAAGCCAUAAAGAGACUUGAAGGCACACCCUACUUUGCUUUCGACAUUGCCGAUUUAGAGUACCCUCCCGAAAAUUUGCAAGAAAUAUUGGAUGCAACCUCUAUAGCAGCUGAGGGGAAGUCGCUGAGUUGGUCAGAGCCCAGGGCUCUUAUGUCUGUCAUGGAUCCUAUAACUGCUGCAAUCUUUGCCUCCGCCAGAAGUCUUGUUGAUUGGAAUCAACGGAACAAGUUUUGUGCAGGUUGUGGCUCGCCUACAUAUUCAAUGUGGGGUGGAUGGAAAAUAUCUUGUACAUCGCUUCUUCCAUGGACGGAUAAUGGCAAUAAAAAGCCUUGCCCUACAACCAAAGGAUUGCAUAAUUUUACACAUCCUAGAACUGACGCAGUAGUCAUCAUGAUCGCUAUAGAUGAGACCGGAGAGAAGGUAUUGCUCGGCAGAGGGAGAAGAUUCCCCGGAAAGUUUUAUUCUGCUCUUGCUGGUUUUAUAGAGCCUGGAGAGUCUUUUGAAGAUGCUGUAGCGCGAGAGAUGUGGGAGGAAGCCGGCGUCCGAGUCUGGAAUGUGAAGUAUCAUUCAGGCCAGCCUUGGCCUUAUCCUGCAAACUUGAUGGUUGGAUUCUAUGCUCGUGCGGAUUCCACCAAACCGAUCAGGACUGACCUGGACAAUGAGCUUGUUGAUGCUCGAUGGUUUAGCCGGGAGGAAGUUCGUGCGGUUUUAAAUCAUAAUACAGGUACUACAUUUAGAAAAGCAGACUACAAGAAGAUGGCAGAGAUUGUUGAUGGACGUCCUAACACGGAGCAAAAACUCGCAGCCGAACCAGCUGCAGUAGCGUUGACUCCGUCUGAAGUCUCGACACCUGCAGUCGAGCAAACACAGGAGGCUAUUGUUACCGAAGAGCCACCCUUCCGUCUACCACCUCUGACUGCAAUCGCAGGUGUUUUGAUUCGGGAUUGGGUCGAUGGGAAGAUCGGAUUUCCACCAGAGGCACCUAUACAAAGGGGAAAUCUAUAG